ACAAUUGUUAAAAAAUAAGCGGCUAGCCAUUAUGAAAUAAAGAGGCAAGUCAUUCUGAAAUUAGGGGCGAAUAAUUUAGGGGUGAACCGUCAGUGGGCGAGUCGUUGCGUAAUUCAUUUCAAGAUGUCUGCGCCCAUGGACUAGUCGUAGUAAAGAAACUUAAUGAUAGAAAAUGGCAAAAAGUAAGAAAAAGAAGAAUGCAGAUUUCCAGAAGGUCAAGUUGAAAGUUGGCAAGAAGUUAAAGAAAGCUGACAAUGUGACCAAUGCAAGCUUCAAGUCGAGAUCCAUUCAGAUCUCACAGCAUCUGAAGACUGGAGACUCCACUCAACCUGUAACCAAGAAAAAGCAUAAUAUUGCAGAGCUAUUCAGUCACUGUCGCCACUACAGUCCUUCAGUUCGCCACGAAGCAGUCACAGGUCUGAAAGAGCUGCUCAGUGAAAAUCCCCAGCUUAUUGACGGCCAUCUGCCUGACAUUAUUGAAAAGUCCGCCGAAAUGUUCUCCGAUAAAGAUUCGACUGUCCGAAGAGGAGCCGUCAAACACCUGCUGAAGUUGGUAUUUCCCGUCAUCAGUGAGAAGCAGAUUGCUCCUUUUUUCCCUCUCGUCAGCGCCCAUUUGUGCUGCGCCAUGACACACAUCAAUGACGACAUCAAAAUGGACUCCUUGGCAGUAUUGGAUCUGCUGCUGGACCACUUUCCAAAACUCAUGGUGACCAAGUCGAGUCAGGUGCUCACCAACUUCAUCGAGCAGAUCUCAAGGCAGCAAGGUCAAGGCCAGUCAAGGUCAUUGACCAUUAACCCUAGUAGCGGUACUUCCUCGAUGAAAUGGAGACUGUUGGUGAUGAGUCGACUUCAGAAAUUUUUGAAAGCUGUGUUAGUGUUUCAUGGAGAAAACAAAGAUGUAGCGUCUGAAGGUGAAUGCGAUGUGAACAAGACUUUGGACUUUCUGGAUAGCAAAGUUAAUUGUGUGCAGGCGUUUUCACAGUCUUAUCAUGCCUUGUGGACAUCUCCAGGAUAUCUCUUAAGCAGCAUGGCAUCAAAAGUGCCAGACUCAUCAUCCAGCUUGGAUAGUGACAUCUCCAAAGCAGUUCAGACUUUGAUACCACUGAUGCUGGAAUGCUGGGUGGAGGCAACACCAGGCAGUGACAAACCUGGCCAGUCCGGCAAACAUAGAGGCCAGGCGUGUGACAGUACUAGUGCGGGGAUGCUGUACCACAUACUGUGUGUGACACGGUUGCUAUGGGAAUGUGUGCACAGGGGUCAGAAACCUGACCACCAGGUAUUUCAGACUCCAGAGGGUUUGGUAUCCAUGUUCAAGUAUCAGCGUGAGUUUGAGACCCACUUCCUCAGCAAGUUCCCCUACAUGGUCAACAAUGCAGUGACCUCCGGGAAAAAGGAGACAAAUAAAGAUCUUAUACUGGAAAAGGUAUCUGGAGUGACACUCAAUCUGACAGUUUGUGACAUCAUGACCAACUUCCUGCAGCCUCAUUCCCACCAGGUGCUUGACUGGUUGCCCUUAGUGAUCAGGUACAUGAUGCGAGUGUUGUCCAAGGAUGGCAGUCAGAAAGGCGGCAAACACAAUGCCUCAUUGGUGGUGAAAAUUGUGAGGCGACUUUGUUUAACCAACAUCUCUGAUGAGGAGGUGUCCAGCCUUGUGAAUGUGUUAUAUCACAGAUAUCAGCAAGCCAGUCCCACCUCAGCGGAGAAGACUGUGUUCUUUGGAUUCUUUGCGGAUUGCAUCCUGAAAGAAGGAAAUGCCGUACUCAGUCUUGAGGUAGCUAACUCCUUCCUGAGCAGCCUUGCAGAGUUGUUGCCCCUGUGUGUACAAGACAACCCUGGUAUGGCCUCUCUCAUACUGCACACCCUGAGAAUGGCCUGCGUGCAGAACUGCUCACAGUUCAUGGUGGAACCUGACUUCUUGAAGAUAUUCUGUAGUUUCUUUGAACCAGACCAUGGUGUGAUUUCCCAUCUGCCUCCAUUGGACCAGAGGCAGUUGAUUGGUUUGCUGUAUUUUCUACCAAGACUACAAUCACAGUUACUGAAAAUGUUGACCAGUCUGUGUCGCCAUAGCAAACUUAAUGAACAGGAAGUGACCUUCUUGAUUCAGGUUCUACAAAACAGGUACAUCAAACAUGGAGAAACAAGUCAAGAGGCAAUCCUGUAUGUGGGCUUCCUGGCUAAUAUCUUGACAGGUAUGCCACAGAAGGACCUUGUGGAGCAGACAGGUCGAGACCCUGGGUCACAUGUGAGGACCGGUCUGCAGCCAGUGCCUCUGGUCUACCCUGCAGUGAAGGAGGGGCAGAAGCCUUAUGACUGGCACCGGCACUUCACUCUGGUGAAAGUAGUGUCCACCAUGAUGUCACAAUGUACAAACUCAGUGGAAGUAUUUCAAGUUAUUGUCACAGUAGUUGAAAAGUUAAUGACCACUAACGGCUGCAUUCCACUUCAAGCAGUUUAUGGCUUGUGCAAAAUGGCUGAGUCAUUCUCAGUGCCACCUGCCUGCACCCCCAUUCUGAAGAAUGCAUGCAUAUCAUUGGUCACCUAUAUGUUCACUUGUGAAGAACUGGCCAAUCCGAAUGUAGCAGAAGUGAUAUUGAACACUGGUUGUAAUUUGCUAUGCCAGAUGGAGAAUGGAGUUGAAGACAUGUUCAGAUUGCUGUUGAAUACUUACAACACAGGUGCAUCUGUGGAAGAAGUCCUGGCAAUCUUGAAAGUUUGUGUGAAGUUUUUGACAAUGAAGCGCUCACAUCUUGUACAAUGUAAUCCAGAAACUGUGCAGUUAAUGAUGGAACUUCAAAGAGUUAUGCGGUCCAAAGCAAUGUCAAAUGUGGAGGAGAGCGUUUCUUCAGAAUCUGAGAAGCUGAUGACGCAGUUUGAAUAUCAUCUGUCAUUGUAAAAAUAAAUGAAUAAAUAAAUAUAUAAUGUUUA